CCUUAAACUAAAUACCGAAGUUUAUGUUUCUACAUUCUUUUGUAUUUCUCUGUUUUUUUUUGCAAAAACCUUUUAAAGGAAACCAAUUUUGAAAUAGACAAAAUACUAUACAACUCAAAAAUAGAAGAGUCAUUAGAAAAUCAAAAUACUAGAGGAUUGACAAAUAUCUUAAUAAUAAAAUGGAGUCACGGGUAUAUUUAAUGUACUUGAUGAAUUGUGAGCCCCCCUCUGUGAUAACAGGUAUUCUAUUUCAUUUCGUCAAAGUAGAGAGUGAUGAACAGCUAUUGUAUGAUUUAAUUCAUCGAGCAGAAGUUGAAUAUGCACCUGAGUAUGUAAUAAAAUACCAGGAUCAUUAUACGUGGAAUUCUAAAUAUGAUAGAAACAAAACUUCGAUCGGAGAUCUAUCCGAUAUUUUUUGUGACUUCGAUGAGUCAGAAACCAAGGUUGAUCUGGGAUAUCUAAAACGGACGUUUGAAUUUAAACUUACAUUGGUACCAUUUUUUGUGCCUAAUGAUUCCAAGAUCAAGCUUCCACCUGGUGUUGAUCCAAGUUGGUUUGAAAUAGUUCCAGUGCACAAUGAUACUCAUUUAAUUAAACAUUUAUUAACAACGGUUCGUGGGGAUCAACAGAAUUAUUUGCAACUCACAAGAACAGGUAAACUCAUUUACCGCGAUCUUAAGAAAAGCUUUGCCGACUGUCAAGUUUUUCCUUGCGAUAGCAGAAGCAUUAACAAGAUCAUAGAUAUUAUAGUUGAAAAGAUGAUUCUAUGUUUCAAACUAUUGAAUGAACGAUAUCUGUACUACAAUGCUUGUAGAACAAACCCACUAGCAAAACGUAUUUUUGAAAGGAUGGAUCAGGAACAACUACAUAAAUAUAUGCCUUUUCCAGUUUGGCGUGAUCAAAAGUUGAUUACAGUAUUUCAUGUAUCAGAUUACUGGUUAUUUAGAAAGUUAAAGAAAGAACGUAAUAUUACAAUUGAUGAGUCAUUUGAAAUAUAUCAGACUCGAAAGCACACUAAGUACGAUCGUUGCCACCACGGCCAUAAAGAAAUAAGUUGGUAUUAUCAAAACAGUUAUACCUUACUUUUCCGAAAUGGGAAGUUGGAAUUAAGAAAAAAAUUCCCUAGAGGCUACGGGCUAACAAAACUUGAAUUUACGUGUGAGUUUACUUCUGAGAAUAUGAGCCUAAUCAAGAACAAAAUAGAGUCUCGGUAUAAGGAAACUCUUGCCGCAUUACCCUCGAAUAUUUUUGUUGAUCUGGAAAAGGAGCUCAUUAUCGAUUGUGAUCGUUGCUGAUAUUUCAAUUGAUUUAGUGAGAACCAAAAAAAGUUUUAUUGGGCCAUGUACAAGUUUUUAUUGCACAAAUGAGUAAAUCAUAUAAAUAUACAUAAUUUCUGAUAUACCUAACCAUAUAACUAAUUUGAUUUCUCGUAUCUCC